AUGGGCUGUUUUGUGUCGCGCGAGCAACCAGUGCAGCGACCUCAGGAGGAUACGAAAACGAGUGAUGUCACUCCUCUGGGAAAAGCUGUCCUUGCGAAUGACCCGCGACAAAUCCGGAAAAUCCUAACAACAACGGGAAACGGUGUUGACGUCAACGAGCCGGUGAACGCGUCGGGAGCGACUGCCCUGAUUCUCGCGAUCUACGAGAACAAAAGCCUUGAAGUUAUUCGGGAACUUGUGCGCACUCCAGGCAUUGAUCUGAGCCGCACCACACCUCAGGGAUUUUUUGCACUAAGUUUUGCGGCAGAAUACCGGGAUGUGAAUGUUGUUCGCCUCCUGCUCGAAGCGGGUGCAGACGUCAAUCAACAAUCGGAUGCUUCUGGCUGGACUGCGCUCAUACGCGCGAUGCGGCACAACCGGGAUCGUGAAGAGGCGCUCCGCAUUACUCGUCUCUUGGUCAAAACGCCUGGCAUCGAUAUCCAUCGCCAGGAUGCGUCCGGGUGGACUGCGCUCCAUCAUGCAGCACGCUACCUCCCGGUGGAGUUCAGUCGAAUUCUCGUCUACGAAGGGCACGCGGACGUGAAUCAUGGCAAAACGGAUGGCUGGACGCCGCUCAUGCUAGCAACCGGAAGCAAUGAGUGCGAUGACGUUUUAGAAACUGUGCAGUUAUUGGCGACUGCGCCCGGUGCAGACCUAGAGCGACGGACCUCGGAAGACGAGGCCACGGCAUUGAUGUUGGCAGCCUCGAUCCGUGAUGCGCCUAUAGUGCGCGUACUUGUCGACGCUGGCGCCCGCGUGGAUGCCGUCGACAGCAACGGCUGGGCAGCGAUCCAUCACUGUUUGCGGUACAGUGAACUACCCGAUGUUUCCGAGAUUGUGCGGGUGCUCCUGAGCGCGCCGCACGCCGAUGUUGACCAGAGCGACCGGGAAGGCUGGACACCGCUCAUGUACGCAGCGCGCUAUCGAACAAGCGCAGAAGUCAGAGUCAUCGCUGUCGAGUUUCGGGCUUCGGUGCAGAAGACCACGAAUCAAGGGAGCACUGCCUUGUCGAUGGCAGUGCGCCACUCAACGGAUGCAGCCCGCUGUGUCGAAAUUUUGAUCUCGGAACCGGUGUGUCACCCGACCACGGUGCAGGAUGCAUUGGGAUGGACCCCACUGAUCACCGCUGUUCGUUAUGCGUCCGACAUACGCGUGAUUGAGCUCCUGGCUCGCGCAAAGGAUGCUCCGCUGAACGCGGGUGAAUUCAAGCUCGGAUGGACAGCACUCAUGGUCGCUGCGAAAUACCGAGACGCAACCGUUGCUCGCAUCCUGCUGGAAACUCCGGGCUGCAACCCGAACACUGCCCGGCACGAUGGCAUUGUAGCGCUACAUAUUGCGGUCGCUCGCGAGGAUCGCAUGCGGGUCGGCUCGUUUCUCGAUCGUCUCAGCUCAGCGAGUGGCCCGUCGGCGACGCCUGCGCUGCGAAAUCGCAAAAGAAUAGCCCGUGAACGAUACGCUGAUGAACGUGCAGCUGCCGAAGAGCUCCUCAGAGCGGCACGAGACAGUCUCAGCGUCGAGGAGCGCUACGCGAUACAACUGGAGCUCGUGCGGGUCCUGCUCGAGACGCCCACGCAAGAGCCGAUCUGCAUCGAUGCACAGGAAAAACGUGCGGGCUGGACAGCGUUACAUUUUGCAGCUGCCUAUGAUCGCGCGGAUCUCGUGGAGCUGCUGCUGGCUGCGGGAGCCUCGCCCUGGGUGCAGACCCUUGACGGAAAAACAGCCCUGGAUUUGGCCGAGGCGAACGACUUUACUGCGACGGUGCGAAUGCUGCGCAUAGCUAUGGACAAAUCGAGUGUCGAACGUGGUGAUUCCACGGGGGAUCGUUGUCAAGCGCCCCAGCUGAGCAACUGA